AUGCUGCGCGGCUGCCCCCAGCGCGCCUGCGCUUCCCCGCCUCCUAGCAACCGACAGGCGAGGCCGCAGAGCGCUGAGCGACCGCCAUCCUAUGACUCCCGGGAGGCCCAAAGGAAGCGGGGGGAGGUGCAGAAGGAGGCUGAGCGCUGCGGAGACUCUCGCCGGGUGGGAUGGCGGCUGCGCUGUCCCGUCAGAGGGGCGCUGGCGGGCGGGCUGAGGCGCGUCGGCCCGGAGCCAACCGGAAAGCUGCGCGGCGGGGCGAUGAGCGGCGCCCGGGCCCCGGGCCCCGAGGCCGGCGCCGCCGGGGCCGAACCCCCCGGCGCGGCGCUGAGCGUGGACGUGGCGGGGCUGCUGGUGCAGCUGGCGCGCAGCUUCGCUCUGCUGCUGCCGGUGUACGCGCUGGGCUACCUGGGCCUGAGCUUCAGCUGGGUGCUGCUGGCGCUCGGGCUGCUCGUGUGGUGCCGCAGGAGCCGCGGCCUCAAGGCCACCCGUCUGUGCCGCGCGCUGGCGCUGCUGGAGGACGAGGAGCGCGCCGUGCGCCUGGGGGUGCGCGCCUGCGACCUGCCGGCCUGGGUUCAUUUUCCAGACACUGAAAGAGCAGAAUGGCUAAAUAAGACUGUAAAACACAUGUGGCCUUUCAUUUGCCAAUUUAUAGAGAAGUUAUUUCGAGAAACCAUAGAGCCGGCCGUGCGGGGAGCACACACCCACCUCAGCACCUUCAGCUUCACGAGGGUUGACGUGGGGCAGCAGCCCCUCAGGAUCAAUGGUGUUAAGGUGUAUACUGAAAAUGUGGACAAAAGGCAAAUUAUUUUGGACCUUCAGAUUAGUUUUGUAGGAAAUUGUGAGAUUGAUUUGGAGAUCAAGCGAUAUUUUUGUAGAGCUGGUGUGCAAAGUAUACAGAUUCAUGGUACAAUGCGGGUGAUCCUGGAACCACUGAUUGGAGACAUGCCCUUAGUGGGAGCUUUGUCUAUCUUCUUCCUUAGGAAGCCACUUUUAGAAAUUAAUUGGACAGGACUGACUAAUCUUCUCGAUAUCCCGGGAUUGAAUGGUUUGUCAGAUACUAUCAUUUUGGACAUAAUAUCAAACUACCUGGUGCUUCCCAACCGAAUCACAGUUCCUCUCGUCAGCGAAGUUCAAAUAGCACAGUUGCGGUUUCCUAUACCAAAGGGUGUCCUGAGGAUACACUUUAUUGAAGCUCAGGAUCUUCAGGGAAAAGACACUUACCUUAAGGGACUUGUCAAGGGGAAGUCAGACCCCUAUGGAGUGAUUCGAGUUGGCAACCAAAUCUUCCAAAGCAAGGUCAUCAAGGAGAACCUCAGUCCAAAGUGGAACGAGGUGUACGAGGCUCUGGUCUAUGAACAUCCCGGACAGGAAUUAGAGAUCGAGCUCUUUGAUGAAGACCCAGACAAGGAUGACUUCCUUGGAAGUCUUAUGAUUGAUCUUAUUGAAGUUGAAAAGGAGCGCCUUUUAGAUGAAUGGUUCACCCUGGACGAGGUCCUCAGAGGAAAGCUGCACUUGAAACUGGAGUGGCUCACGCUCAUGCCAGACGCUUCAAACCUCGAGAAGGUGCUGACAGACAUCAGAGCUGACAAAGACCAAGCCGAUGAUGGGCUGUCCUCCUCGCUGCUCAUCUUGUACUUGGACUCAGCCAGGAACCUCCCGUCAGGGAAGAAAAUAAACAGCAACCCAAAUCCUCUUGUCCAAAUGUCAGUUGGUCACAAGGCCCAGGAGAGCAAGAUUCGGUACAAAACCAAUGAACCUGUGUGGGAGGAAAACUUCACUUUCUUCGUUCACAAUCCCAAGCGCCAGGAGCUUGAGGUGGAGGUGAAAGAUGAGCAGCACCAGUGUUGCCUGGGGAACCUGAGGAUCCCUCUCAGCCAGCUGCUUGCCUGCGAGGACAUGACCCUGAACCAGCGGUUCCAGCUCAGUAACUCAGGCCCCAACAGCUCGCUGAAGAUGAAGCUCGCCCUCAGGGUACUCCACCUUGAAAAGCAAGAAAGGUCUCCAGACCACCAGCACUCAGCUCAAGUAAAGCGACCCUCUGUUUCCAAGGAAGGGAGAAAAAUAUCUGUCAGAUCUCAGAUGUCUGCAUCGCCAGGCACUGGUGACAGCAGCACAGCCCCAUCCACGCCGGUCAUGGGGGGCUGCGAUAAUAAGCCAGGUGUGGAAGAGAGAGCCCAGCCCGCAGAGGCCAGCCCGCAGGGUCCGCGGGACCUGGGCAGAAGCUCCUCCAGCCUCCAGGCCGGCAGCACCGGCUCCCCCAGCCACGUCUCCAUCAAGGAGCCCACCCCAAGCAUCGCCUCAGACAUUUCGCUGCCCGUCGCCACACAGGAGCUGCGACAGAGGUUGCGGCAGCUUGAGAAUGGGACGACCCUGGGACAGUCCCCGCUGGGGCAGAUCCAGCUGACCGUCCGGCACAGCUCGCAGAGGAACAAGCUGGUGGUGGUCGUGCACUCCUGCAGAAAUCUCAUUGCCUUCUCCGAAGACGGCUCUGAUCCCUACGUCCGCCUGUAUUUGUUACCAGACAAGAGGAGGUCAGGAAGGAGAAAAACACACGUGUCAAAGAAAACGCUGAACCCCGUGUUUGAUCAGAGCUUUGAUUUCAGUGUCUCGUUGCCAGAUGUGCAGAGGAGAACCUUGGACGUGGCCGUGAAGAACAGCGGUGGCUUCCUGUCCAAAGACAAAGGGCUUCUCGGCAAAGUCCUGGUUGGUCUGGCAUCUGAAGAACUCGCCAAAGGCUGGACCCAGUGGUAUGACCUCACGGAGGAUGGGACGAGGCCCCACGUGGUGACGUAG